CAGUUUGCAUGCGGUGGCCUGAUUUCCGAGUUCCUAUAAAUGCGUCACGCAGCAAUACGGAAGUGAGCUGGUACAGGCUGUGUGGUCGCGCGCUGAUGUGGUUCGUAAAACGCAGUGAUGUCUGAGCGGGACCUGAAGGAAGCGUUUGUCAGUCAUCUCAAUGGAACCAGUCUGGAAGAAGUGGCUCUGGGUUCGGUUCUCGCACCGCUGUGUGUCAUCAACAGAGGACUCAUCUUGAUCCUCUACCAUCAGACUAAAGGCACUCUUCAACAGUCACUUCCAUGGAUAUCUCACUUCCUUCUCGAUUUUUCCGUGCUCGUUGUUCCUCUCAUCCUAUCGUGCACUGUCCUAAGUGGCGUCCUUCAUCAGGUGGUCAUCAGUCUGACCUUAAUUCCGGCUUGUGUGCUUUGCUUUAUUUACAGCACCCACAAUCCUUCCACAUGGCGUCGGCGGAACACUGUCAGCACCUUCCUGGACAGUCACAUCCAGAUCAAUCACGUUCCAUUUGUGACUUCUUUCCGGGUGUUUGUCAAUGUGGAAACAGCCAUCAGUAUUCUUGCCGUAGACUUUGCUGUCUUCCCGCGGCGAUACGCUAAAACAGAGAACUAUGGGACAGGAGUGAUGGACUAUGGCGUGGGAGCAUUUGUCUUGGCAAAUGCCCUCGUCUGUCCGGAGGCAAGGAUGAAGAGCACCUCGGGGUCCAAGGUGAAGCACGUCACCAGACAGUUGCUGUCUGUCUGGCCGUUGCUUCUUCUUGGCGUGGGAAGAGUUGUAAGCAUGAAGAUGACCGGUUAUCAUGAGCAUGUGACGGAAUACGGCGUCCACUGGAAUUUCUUCUUCACUCUAGCCGUUGUGAGAGUUGCCGCUUCUGUUCUGUUGGCAGUUUUCCCAGUCAGUUACUCCUGGGUCUUUGCGUUUCUGAUUGGUGGAUUUUAUCAGCUUGCUCUCGAGGCGUCACAGCUGAAGGCGUUCAUUUUCAGCAACAGCGACAGAGGAAAGGACUUUCUGCAUGCAAACAAGGAGGGCCUUUUCUCCAUUAUUGGCUACUUAGCCAUCUACAUGGCUGGCGUUCAGAUUGGACUCUACGUGAUGCGACAGAGGUCCCGUGUGAGAGAAUGGCUCAGAGUAACUUGUAGCCUGUUCCUGGGAAGUCUUGUGUUUUACGCUGCUUUGUGGGCGUGUCAGACGCUCGUGGAGCCCGUGUCCAGGCGCCUGGCAAAUGUACCCUUCUGCCUGUGGAGCAUUGCUCAGUCCUUGUACUUUAUGUCCUGCCUCAGUGUCAUCGAUAUGGUUUUGCUUUUUACCAAAAGAGUGUCGGGUUGUCACUUGGUACCUUCGUCAUGGAAUCUGUGCGAAAAACAGUCAGACUCUGAGCAUAAGAGGAGCGAGACGGAGAAUCCCUGCCUCAUUCAGGUCGUCAGCAGGAACCAGCUGCUGUUUUUUUUGCUCGCUAAUUUAAUGACCGGGUUAACGAACUCCAUUGUGGACACGCUAAACAGCACCCGCGUGUCUUCAGUGUGUAUUUUGAUGUUGUACAUGUCCAUCAAUUGCAUUGUAGUAUAUGUUUUACAUCUCUGUAAGAUUACAAUAAAAUUCUGGUGAUUUUUUUUUUUUUUUUUUUUUUUUUUUUUAAAAGAGGGUUCAUGUGUGCUGUCAUAUUUUUUUUUACAUUCAAAAACUUUAUCACUAAUAUUUAUGCUGCACAUAAUCAAUUAAUCAUUUUGAAUCAUUUUUUAAAGUCCAAAUUCUCUGAUUUCAGCUUCUUAAAUGUGAAUCAUUUCUGGUUUCUUUACUCCUCUUGGACAACAAACUGACUACUUUUGGGUCGUGGACAAAACAAGAUAUUUUGAGGACAUCAUCUUGAGUUUUGGGACACAUUUUCUGACAUUAAAUGGACAAAACACCUGAUCAAUUUAAUUGAGAAAAUAAUGGACAGAUUAAUCAAUGAUGACAGUAAUCGUACGUUGCACCUCUACAUAUAUGUGAUAUACUUUAACAACACAGAGAAUAUUAAACUCAUAAUGAUCAAGAUUGUUUCUUCAACAUGUUUUUGUUUUUUCCUGUAAAGAUUUGAAUGGGUUUUUGUAGGUGUUUAUUGGCAUUAACAGUAUUAUUUUAUAUUGUGAUGGACUCCUAACUCAAAUUAUUUCUGUAGAUUAGUUAUUUUAAAAUUCAAAUCUGUAUUCAUUACCUUCAUGCUGCCUUGAUUGGAUUUAUUACAACGUUUCUUUCAAUACUGUGAAAUGCAGUGUUUCAAACAUUUAGAAUGUUUAGAGCAAAUUAAGUUAUUUUGUCAGUCAUUUGUUGCUUUAUUUUAAUGUAUUGCAUGUUUACAUUUUGGAUUUGGUUUUAAUGCUAAUACUACUACUAUUAGUACUGCCAGAGACUUUUACUAUACUGUUUCUCAGGCAUGUUGAUUGACUUGGAAAUGUUCAUGUACGGUGGAUCCAGAAAGUAUUCACAGUGCUCCAUUUUUUUUUCCACAUUUUGUAUGUUACAGCCUUAUUCCAAAAUGAAUUAAAUUGUCUUCCACCCACUCAAAAUUCGAAUCACUACACCCCAUAAUCACGUUUUUUUUUUUUUGUU